AUGACAUUGACGUCCCUUCUCCACAUCCACUUCCUCCAAACUUUGUCCUCCGAUUCUGCCAUCUCCCCUCCUCUUCCCCUUUCCCUCCCCUCUUUCGUCCUCUUCUCUCCUCUGCCCUACGCUCCCAUCCCGUCUACCACAUCUCCGCCUCCUCCUCCUCCUCCUCCUCCUCCUCCUCCUCCUUCUCCUCCUCCUUUUACCUUCCUUCUACUUCCUCCUCCCACUUCCUACCUCAUCACCCACCUUCACUCUCCCACCCCACCCCAACCCACCCCACCCCACCCCACCCCACCUCAUCCCACGUCGCUCCACAUCACCCUCAACACACACCUAUCCAACCCUCACAUUCACGUCUCUGCCCCUCACCUCACUCCCUCCACCUCUCACCUUCUUGCGCAUCCACACUCCACAAUGUGCACACGUCCUCGUGCUGCGCAUGCAGCCAACUGUCACGCGCCACAACAUACACCACUUGUGCAUGCCUUGACGACACCUCUCAGAUGGAGUGACACAAUCUUCACUGUGUGCACAGUCACCGAUGGGUGUUUGACUAAAAAGGAGGAGCGAGUUGAUGGAGGCGGGGUGCAGAGUGGUGGUGGUGGUGGUGGUGGCGGCUUUGAUACGAAUGUAUUUGACGUGUCGAUGGAUGCGAUCGUCAUAUGCUUAAGUGGAUGCAAGAGGCUCCAAAUCCGCGAGUGUGAGUGUGAGGGUGCUACAUCGAAGGUAGUCGUUGGCGUCGCUUGUCGCGCGUUGUUGCAUGGAGUGUAG